AUGGACAACUUAACCUUACUAACAGAAGGGAGUAGAAUAUAUUCUGAAAAGCGUAAAAGGAAAAAUGAUCAAAUUCCAGAAAUUGUAUUCGAUGAAACUGCAAGACGAGAAUAUUUAACAGGAUUUCAUAAGCGAAAGUUAGAAAGACAAGCAAAAGCAAAGCAAACUGCUUUAGAACGAGAAAAAAAAGAGAAGGCCGAAGCAAAAAAAGCUGCUAAGGAAGCGCGAAUGAAACAAAUUGAAGAAAAGUUGGCGGCAACUCAAGCAAUGAUUAAUAAAUUCUUGAAGUUCAUAAGUAAAGUCCCUGGAUGCUGUAUUCAGUGGUCAAUGACUGUUAGCCUAACCUUUAUUACUUAUCCUUCAUUAGCACAAAUAUCAGAGUAUAAAACGCCACAAAUCUUGACAACUGUGACAGUAAUUGAAGAUUUUAAUGUUUCUGAAAACACCGAAUUCGUAAAUACAUCUAAAAAAAUUAAACUUGAUGCUGAUAACAAGAUGAGUAAAAAUGAAGGUGGUCAAGAUAUGAGAUUAAUAUCUAAAAUAAAAAG